AUGCUCAGCACUCCACACUCAGACCUCGGACUGGAACCAAACUCGGCGGGAGCUUUGAUCAAGUGGUAUACUACACUGGACGCUUUCGUCGUCGGGGAACAUGGACGGGAACAUGCCGGAGAACUGCUGUAGCGCGUGUGGUGAAGGAGGUGAUCGUUCUGACUUUCGGCGCCUCAGGGAAAGGACCGGGCGUCAAGUAUGGGCUUUUAUCGAAGAGGCCGGCAUGGCCGAAAAUUCCCCUCCUUGAAUGCUGAGGGCUCGGGCAUGUACCGGCUUGUCCUGUGCAACCGGCCGGACUGCCUCCUGCAGCUGUACAUCAAGCAGCUACGGGAGAAGAACAAGCCGCGCACAAAGCUUCGAGCUCAGCAACUAGCGCGGCACGGCGCAAAGUGGACCGGUAUUCCUGAACCGAGGAAGCACAUCAAACGCCGUUGUCUGGAUCGCUACUGCACUUCGCCUGAGGCUGUGGAGGCCUUGCUGGGUGCUGUUGAACUCGAGGGGUGUGUCCUCGACAUGUGUGGGGGGCCAGGCGAUGCCAUUGCAACUCGUCUUGGAGCCACGUGCAAGGUCGUCACGAACGACAUAAGCACUAGAUUGUCCCCUGGAGGGUUGCCCCCGGACACGAACCUGGACGCAAGCUUGGCGUCAUUUGCUGUCGACUUUCUGUUAGCCAAGCCUGGGCAACGACCUGACUGGGUCCUGACGAGCCCCCCGUACAAGGGCGCGCUAGAAUAUGUCAAGUCGGCUUUGUCGCUGGCUGCGAAAGGCGUGGCACUGAAACUGCCACUGUCGUUCUUGGAACCAUGUGCCGACCGGGGAGGCUGGCUUCAGGCGAAUCCCCCCGCUGUGUGUGUGUUUUUUUAGGAGGGCUAGGUACACACCCGCGCACGUCAUGGUUGGCGAAUUUUGGGGCGUGUGGUAUGCUGAUGGUGGUAGUGCGCGUACCUGUGAUACGCGAAUGGUCUUCUGCCCGGAAUAAUAAGCGUUGGGGAACGAGUGGAAGGUAUUUGCGAGGGUGAUGUAAGGUACAGAUGUCACGCGGGUGCGUUGUUUUGCAUUCCCCUAUGUAUGGCGCGCUCUUGUAGCAGCCCACAGUAAAUCCCGGUGUUGUUUUUUUCGGAUAAGCUCGCAACUAAUCAUCGCAGCCCCAAUAGUUGAGCACGAUUGUACGACAACCAAUCCCUAAAUAAAUGAUAAAUGAGACGUGGACGCGUGUUACGGUUUGGUUAGUUGGUGGUGGGUGGAAGCGCGCUCGGCGGUGUGGGCAUGUGCCUUGUGAAAGAAAUACAAGACAAUCCGGCCUCGUU